UUUUUCCCUCAAUGUUUCUCUGGAUCUGUCUCCAGGUGCCAAGGGAAGGGCAAGGAGAACUCUCCCUAGUCAAACUGAUCCCUGGCUCAGACAGCUCAGUGGGAGAAUCUCAAAGGCUUUUUCUCCCCUUCAGGAGCCUCUGGGCAAGGAGGGAGGAAUCUUGGUUCCAGGGUCUCAGUACCCCCUGUGCCAUUUGAGCUGCUUGCACUCAUCAUCUCUAUUAAUAACCACCCUGUCCCUCACUGCCAGUGCUGCCCCCACGCCUGUCCAGCUCGGGUUCUCUGUCACAGCAGCUCCGUCCUCCAAAGCUGCUGGACCUCAGGGAGAGCUGACCAUCGCUUAAGCAACCGGCUGAAUCCUCCUCCACAAUGCCGCUAUCCGGAACCCCUGCCCCCAACAAGAAGAGGAAAUCCAGCAAGCUGAUUAUGGAACUCACUGGAGGUGGGCAGGAGAGCUCAGGCCUCAACCUGGGCAAGAAGAUCAGUGUCCCAAGGGAUGUGAUGUUGGAGGAGUUGUCGCUGCUCACUAACCGGGGCUCCAAGAUGUUCAAACUGAGGCAGUUGCGAGUGGAGAAAUUUAUCUAUGAGAACCACCCUGAUGUCUUCUCUGACAGCUCAAUGGAUCACUUCCAGAAGUUCCUUCCUACAGUAGGUGGUCAGUUGGGUACAGCUGGUCAGGGAUUCACCUACAGCAAAGCCAGCGGUGGAGUCCAGGCAGGGGGCAGUGGCUCUGCUGGACAGUAUGGCUCUAACCAGCAGCACCAUCAAGGCUCUGGGUCUGGGUCUGGAUCUGGGAGUACAGGUGGCCCUGGGGGCCAGGCUGGCAGAGGAGGAACUGGCACAGAGGGAGUUGGCAAGUCAGGAACAGGAGACCAGGAAGGUGGAGAAGGAAAACAUAUCACUGUGUUCAAAACUUAUAUCUCCCCAUGGGAACGAGCCAUGGGGGUUGACCCCCAGCAGAAAGUGGAACUUGGUAUUGAUCUGCUGGCCUAUGGGGCCAAAGCUGAACUUCCCAAAUAUAAGUCCUUCAACAGGACGGCAAUGCCCUAUGGUGGAUAUGAGAAGGCUUCCAAACGCAUGACCUUUCAGAUGCCCAAGUUUGACCUGGGGCCCCUGCUAAGUGAACCCUUGGUCCUCUACAACCAGAACCUCUCCAACAGGCCUUCUUUCAAUCGGACCCCUAUUCCCUGGUUGAGCUCCGGGGAGGCUGUAGACUACAACGUGGAUAUUGGCAUCCCAUUGGAUGGAGAAACAGAGGAGCUGUGAGGUGUUUACCUCUCUACUUUGCAUCAAGUUUCCCCUCUCUGGCUUCACUUUGGAGAGGGAAUGCUGAGCAGGAUACCCCCAUAUGAAUCUAAUAUCCUUGUGGGAAUGGAGGAUAAAGGAGGGAAAGAUUUGCUUUUCCAUCCUUUACUCCAAGUACCCACUCCCAGCAGCCUUCCUUACCAACUCAGAGUUCCCCUUCCACUUGCUUCAUAUGGAACCUGCUCUUUUAAGGAAUUUGCUCUGCCAUCAGUAACAGCCAAUAAACUUCAAGGAAA